CGAUGCUUGUUGGGCUUUUGACGGUACUCUAGCCGUGCGAGUUUCAAGGCCUCUUUUCUCUGCUUCCUUGUGCCUGUUCUAAACUCUAGACAGGGAAGACGCAAGCUUCAGGCUGGAUUUAGAAGAGUUCGAGGCUCUCAUUAUACUUCAUGCUUGACUGAUUGAUUGGAUUGUUUGAGGCGAGUACGAGCCAGUCGAGCUAAUCAUCAGAGCUUGGCUUUGUCGCUAAAGGGAAAGCAUGAACGUUUUUCCAGUACCAUUUCGCAGAGAAUGAGGGUCUACUGUGGUUCCUGUCCGGCGCUCAUCAAGGGCCUCAUAGUACACAGGUGAACCAAUCACAGCGCUGUUUUGGAAUGGAUUCUGUCCGAACCAAGCUGCUGCUGAUCGUCGCGUUGCUGCUGCUGCUUGGAAUUCAAGGCAAAGGAGCGCUUGGAGCCCCUGAGCACGAUUUGGUGACCAAUCUUCCAGGACAGCCGGCUGUUCCAUUCAAGCAAUACGCGGGCUAUGUGACUGUGGACAGUCAUGCAGGGCGAGCACUGUUUUACUACUUCGUGGAGGCUCACAGCCACGCGAGCUCCAGGCCUCUGGCAUUGUGGCUCAAUGGAGGACCGGGAUGCUCCUCUAUCGGCGGCGGCGCGUUCACCGAGCUUGGCCCGUUUUAUCCGAAUGGAACAGGGAGAGGCCUUGUUAAAAACUCCAAUUCCUGGAACAAAGCUGCGAACAUCUUGUUCCUGGAAUCACCCGCUGGUGUCGGCUGGUCAUACUCAAACAGGAGCGAAGAUUAUAGCAUCUACAACGACGCAAAAACAGCUAAAGACUCGGUUACCUUCAUGCUUCGCUGGUUUGACGCAUUCCCGGAGUAUAAAAGCCGGGAAUUCUACAUCACUGGAGAAAGCUAUGCAGGGCAUUAUGUACCCCAGCUGGCCGCUGCAUUGCUCGAUUACAAUAAAGCUGCUGGACACUCAGUUUUCAACGUUAAAGGAGUCGCAAUCGGCAACCCAGCUUUGAAUCUAGCAAUCGACACAGCCUCCACUUAUGAUUUCCUGUGGUCCCAUGGCCUCAUCUCGGACAAGACGUACGAGGGCCUUGGAAGAAGCUGCUACUGGAGUGAUUACGAUCACGGCUCUGGGAAUAACAACGUCUCCGCCGAAUGCAACCAGUUCAUAUCCAACUCGGCACUAGAGAUGGGAGAUCACGUCAACCCGUACGACAUAAUCCUGGACGUGUGCGUCCCUUCCAUUGUGGAGCAAGAGUUUCGACUAAAGAAGCGAAUGGGCCACCGGAGCAUUGGAGUCGACGUGUGUAUGUCCUACGAGCGAUACUACUACUUCAACUUGCCCGAGGUUCAAAAGGCUCUUCACGCAAACACGACCGGGCUUCCGUAUCCUUGGACGAACUGUGACGGGCCUGUUCAAUACGACAUAAACGACAUGAGACUAGACAUCGUGCCAGUUCUUCGAGAUCUUCUCAAGAAUGGUCUUCGAGUUUGGGUUUUCAGCGGUGAUGAGGACGCCGUGGUUCCGUUUCUUGGCACACGAGUUAACGUCAAUAGCCUUGCGCAGGAGCUCAAGCUACGCACAACUGCGUCUUACAAAGCUUGGUUUUUGCGCACACAGGUUGGAGGAUGGGCAGAGUCGUUUGGAAACCUCACGUUUGCUACGGUCCGCGGUGCUGCCCAUAUGGUUCCACUCGCACAGCCAGCCAGGGCCUUACUCUUGUUCCAGAAGUUCAUCUCUGGACAGCCUUUGCCAGCUUCUCCUUACUCAUGACCAAACUUUUGGGAAACGAAUUCCAGAUUAUUUGGGCAACAAA